AUGCUUCCCGACCUCGAGAAUUGCGACGAUCAUCGAAAUUUUGAUGAGCGCCGCGACGGCGCGAGAAUGCAAUCAUCGAUUUCGAAACGAGCCAGCGACACGAAGAAAUCGCUCCGAGAGAUUGGCGAAGGUGUUCAGAAGCGGCUUCAGACAUCGCAAAGUUUGCAAAGGAUCGGCGAGGAUGACGCGAAUACACCGAGGGCGCCUCCUAGACCAAAUCGAGAAAUAUAUCGGAAUUCUAUAGAAACUAUAAGUAUAAGAAACAGAAACAAGAAUCUUCAAUCAACAUCUUAUGAUAGUCAAGAACAAGAUAGUCAUGAAGAAAAUGUUGUUAUACACCGUCAUUAUUACACAAUCGCCUACACAAUUGUCAUAAUAGCGUAUCUAGCAGGCUUCACAGAGUAUUUAUAUUUUCGGUUAACGUCUAUUUUGGUGCCCGAGCAUUUGGUUUUUCAUCCGCCAUGCGAAGGAAAAGCCAAUCGAAAAAUUGGAAAGGAUGGUUUCCAUUAUGGUGUUUCGAUAUGCGCAUUCAUCGGAAUCGCAAUUUUUCAGCUCAUGUGCUUUUUCGGGCUAACAAUUUCGGAGAAAUGGACGAAAACGUCGGAGAAUCCACGAGACAGCCAACAGGCGGCGCGACGCGUCGAAUUCGCGCAAUUCAUUCGCAAUUUGAUCGCGACAACCAUGUAUCGCGUUUUUAUAUGUUAUGCGGUUUGUGCUUUGAUCAAUUGUGCCAUCAUUUUCUAUAUGGUUGGAAUUCAGGAUUCCCUUGGCGACAUUGUUAGCACAAUAUUAUUGUACAUAUUUGAUGUCAUCGUCAUUCUCUACUUCAUUGCGUUUCCAUUGACAACCGCAAUUUAUCAUCCAUACAUUGAAUGCUUCAAAAAAAGAGGGGCACCACGGCAAAAAUUCCGAAUCAAUACUACCACACCGGUGGAUCCUCGAACUCAAACAUCCACAUUGGAAAGCAACAUUGAGAAUCUGGACGCCGCGAUCGAGCAGUCUCGAAGUCCCACGAUUCAUAUAAUUCCGAAGCUCAACUUCUCGCGGGAUGACCCUUUAAGGCAGCCGAUCGGAGAGCCACCAAUCCUUGAGAAUUACCUACAAUCGCCUAGAAGGGCGUUGCCGAGAAGAGACGACGUCAGCAGUAGCGAAUCGGACGAUUCUUCAGCUUCAACAAAUUCCAGUCGUAGAUAUUCAACAUUAGUCUGA